AUGGAUAGCGGGGACCAAAGGAGCCUUGCGGCACAGGAUGAUGAGACCAUGUGCACGUCUGCUUCUGAGGGUUUGGAGGAGGGUGAGGUUGAGGGAGAAACUCUGCUCAUCGUGGAGUCUGAGGACCAGGCGUCUGUGGAUCUGUCUCACGACCAGAGCGGAGACUCUCUGAACAGUGAUGUUGGAGAGGACGGAGAGGGGAGCUGGAACGAGGACAUGUCGUUUUAUUGCGACAAGUGCCACAAGUGGAUCCCGUCCGUCCAGCUUCGUGGAGAGCAGCCCAGCUACCUGAAAGGGGACAACUUCUUUAAGUUCAUCUGCUCGGACUGCGCAGAAGACGGAAAGGAGAGUUUUGAGAGAAUGAGACUGACCUGGCAGCAGGUGGUGAUGUUGGCCAUGUAUAACCUCUCCCUAGAAGGCACAGGACGCCAAGGCUAUUUUAGAUGGAAGGAGGAUAUCUGUGCAUUUAUCAGUCGGCACUGGACCUUCCUUCUUGGCUCCAGAAAGAAAACGUCCACAUGGUGGAGCACCGUGGCGGGGUGUCUGUCGGUGGGCAGCCCAACAUUUUUCCGUUCUGGAGCUCAGGAGUUUGGAGAGCCUGGCUGGUGGAAGCUCGUGCAAAACCGACCACCAACUCUACGGCCUGAAGGGGAGAAGAGCUCUGCCUCUCUUAAAGCCAAAGCUGUGUCGAAGCCAUCCUUGGACCCCAUCAUCACGGUUGAGGGUUUGAGAAAACGUGGAGGUCGAAACCCAGUGGAGAGCGCCAUGCAGCUGAAAGAGAAACGUUCCCGCACGCAGGAGGCUAAAGAUAUCCGGCGCGCACAGAAGGAGGCCGCCGGCUUUCUGGACCGCAGCGCUUCAUCCACACCCGUCAAACUGGGCAGUCGUGUGCGCCGGUCUGAGCCGUACCUGGAGAAGGGCGAAGUCAUCGACUUUUCCUCCCUCAGCUCAUCAGACAGAACCCCUCUCACGUCACCAUCGCCAUCCCCUUCGCCCGAUUUCUCCGCACCCGGAACGCCCGCAUCGCACUCCGCUACACCCAGCCUGCUCUCGGAGGCGGAUCUUAUUCCGGACGUCAUGCCUCCUCAAGCACUCUUCCAUGAUGAUGAAGAAUUAGACACAGAGGGCGUUAUCGACCCUGGAAUGGAGUACAUUCCCCCUCCCAGCAUGCCUCUGGCCACCGGCACCAUCAUGGUCAGGAAGAAGCUGCGUCCAGCCGAGCUGAUCAAACAGGAACUGGAGAGCGAAGAUGAAGAACGAGGUAGAGACCCCGAGGACGACGAGGGUCAGGAUGAAGGCUUGUUGGCAGCGGGUCGGGGACGUGGCGCAGAACGAAGGAAGAUUCUUCAGGAUAGGGCAGAUGGCUGCGUGUCCCUGCCCACGCCACGCUACACAUUCAUGAGCCUUUACGAGGAACGCAUGCUGCUUCACAAGCUAGAGGCGUGUCCGCAAGCAUUGGCCGUAACGCCGCAAGCUAAAAGGCUUCAUCGCAAGCUGCUGGUGCGGCAGGCCAAAAGAGAGCGAGGGCUCCCCCUGUUGGACGUAGAUCAGGUGGUGAGCGCUACGCUUAGCCUGGUGGGUGGCGUGUAUGGGGCACAGGGGGGAAUGGCCAGCCACAGGAUGAGCGGAGAUGAGAAAUACAGAACCACCAGUCAGGACCUUCGUAUUCUUGAUCGCUUUCAGUCAUCUGCGUCCUUACGGAAAGGCUUUACCCAGACCACAGUGUCUUUUUGGCACAGGCUGAUGGGUUCUGAUGCCUGUCUGGAUCAGAGCAUCAAGAGCCCUUACACAUCCAGAGUACUCAAGCCAUACAUCAGGAGAGACUAUGAGAGUCGACCACUAAAGCUCCGUUUGCUCUCAGAGAUCCGCGCUUAUCAUCAUAGAAAGGACCCAUCAUGGGUACCCAAACCUGAUGCACCUAUAGACUAUUGCUAUGUGCGACCUAAUCACAUCCCCUCUGUCAACUCAAUGUGCCAAGAGAUCUUCUGGCCUGGUAUCGACCUAUCAGAGUGCCUGCAGUACCCAGACUUCAGCGUCGUGGUGCUUUACAAGAAGGUCGUGAUUGGUUUCGGCUUCAUGGUGCCAGAUGUGAAGUACAACGAGGCCUACAUCUCCUUUCUGUCAGUGCAUCCGGAGUGGAGGCGAGCAGGCAUCGCCACGUUCAUGAUCUACCAUCUCAUUCAGACGUGCAUGGGUAAGGAUGUUACUCUACACGUAUCGGCGAGCAACCCCGCCAUGCUGCUUUACCAGAAGUUCGGCUUUAAGACGGAGGAAUACAUCCUGGACUUCUAUGACAAAUACUACCCAGUGGACAGUAAAGAGUGCAGACAUGCAUUCUUCCUGCGCUUGCGACGAUGAGGAAUCUAAGGUUGAAGUUUGUUCCAGUUUGGCUAUGAAGUCACUGUAUGGUUCACAGCACAAACUGGAGAUGUCAUUAAUUGAGUGUUUAUUAGUUAUUAUUAUGUGUUCAUAUUUCAAAUAAGUCAUUUUUUGUUUGAUUUAAUCGAAAGGGAAGAAAACUGUGUUAUUUUUCAUACACCAGCGUGAUAAGUCACAUUUUUGUAUACGUUCACAAUUGUGCAGAUUUAAAAUGCUGUCACGUAACUGUUAAUUAAAUAUCUAAGUAUUGUUAA